AUGCCGUGGGACGGGCUGCAGGUGGUGACACGCUCCGUGCUGACGCUGCUGUGCGGGGCUGCCGUGUGCGUGAGCGCCGCGAUGGAGGCGGCUGACUCCUGCCCUGUGGAGUGCGACUGCUCCGAGUGGAAGACGCGCACCAUCUCCUGCGUUGACAUUGAUAUUCUCCCCAGGUUCCCGGCGAGCACCGAGGCGCUAUGGUUUUUCGAGACCCAACUCUCAUCCUUGCCAGCGGAUGUCUUUUCCAACUUGGUCAACAUCUCAUGGAUAUAUAUAUCGGUGGACGUGAAGCUGCAGAGGCUGGAAAGGCACUCAUUCAACAGCCUGAGGAAAAUCACCCACAUAGAGAUACGUAAUGCAAAGAGUCUGACCUAUGUUGACCCAGAAGCCUUUAAGAACCUCCCAAACCUCAAAUAUCUGGGGAUUUUCAACACUGGCCUCACUUUCUUCCCUGACUUGAACAACAUCCACUCUAAUGACAUGAACUUCAUAUUGGAAAUUGUUGAUCAUCCCUACAUCACCGAGAUCCCACCCAACUCAUUCCAUGGCAUCACCAGCGAUGUGCUGACAGUGAUGCUGUAUGGAAAUGGCUUCAGAGAAAUCCAACAUCAUGCCUUCAAUGGGACCAAGCUCGAUCAAGUCGACCUGCACAGGAACAAGUAUUUGACCAAGAUGGAUGAAAGGGCUUUUGCUGGCACCAUAAGCGGACCCAUGCUUCUAGAUGUGUCCCUGACAGGGAUCAACUCGCUGCCGACCACAGGUAUGGAUUCGCUCAGAGAGCUGAAGGCGCGCAAUGCCUGGGCCCUCAAGAAACUUCCGCCCAUCAAAACCUUCAAGCACCUCACCAUCGCCAACCUCACGUACCCCAGCCACUGCUGUGGUUUUAAGAACCUCAAAAAGAAACGAGGAUUUUUGGAGUACAUCAUCUGUAACCUGACUGUUCUCCAAGAGCAGCAUCACAAGCGCUCUGUGGGGCCCCUCCGCUUGCCUUCCCUCCAAGGGGACAGCGUGGUCGAAACAGCCCCCGACCUAGAGCCAAGUGACGGAGGUCAGACAGACUCCCAGCAAGACUGGUGGAGAGGUGACUUCCAUGGCAGCCUCCACUACCAUGCCUAUUUUGGGGGCCAGCCAGAUGAGGAUGUGGGUUUUGGAGAGACCCUAAAGAACCCCCAAGAGGAUACCAGCCAAGAUUUUGACAGUCGUUAUGAUUAUGUGGUGUGUGAGGAGGGAGAGGAGGUGGCGUGUUCGCCAGUACCCGAUGAGUUCAAUCCUUGUGAGGACAUAAUGGGUUUUGGCUUCCUGCGAGUGUCUGUGUGGUUUGUAAGUCUGCUGGCCAUUCUGGGAAACGUGAUAGUGCUCCUGGUGCUGCUCACCAGCCAUUACAAGCUCUCUGUCUCCCGCUUCCUCAUGUGUCACCUGGCCUUUGCAGAUCUGUGCAUGGGGAUUUAUCUUCUGCUCAUUGCCUCAGUAGACCUCCACACACGGGCUGAGUACUUCAACCAUGCCAUAGACUGGCAGACGGGUCCUGGUUGUGGACUUGCAGGGUUUUUUACGGUCUUUGCCAGUGAACUGUCUGUCUACACCUUGACAGUGAUCACUCUGGAGAGGUGGUACGCCAUUACCUUUGCCAUGAGGCUGGAUCGCAAGCUGCGUCUGCACCACGCCGCAGCUGUGAUGCUAGGUGGCUGGUUUUUCUGCCUUGUCCUGGCGCUGCUUCCUCUUGUUGGGGUGAGCAGUUAUCAGAAGGUCAGCAUCUGUCUCCCGAUGGACACCCAGUCCACAGUGGCUCUGGUCUACAUCUUGUCAGUGCUGGUCCUCAAUAUUCUGGCCUUUCUUGUCAUCUGUGCUUGCUACUUCAAGAUCUACUGCGCAGUGCACAACCCUCACUAUCAUUCUGGAUCCAAGGACACAAACAUCGCCAAGCGAAUGGCUGUCCUCAUUUUCACGGACUUCUUGUGCAUGGCGCCCAUUUCCUUCUAUGCCAUGUCAGCCGUGCUGGACCGGCCGCUCAUCACUGUUUCCAACUCCAAGAUUUUAUUGGUGCUAUUCUACCCGCUCAAUUCUUGUGCCAACCCGUUCCUCUAUGCCAUCUUCACCAAGGCGUUCAGGGGGGAUGUGUUUAUCCUCCUCAGUAAGGUGGGGCUAUGUCAGCAGCAGGCACAGCUGUUCAGAGGCCAGACGGUGUCAUCAAAAGGCAGCAGCGGGACAUCUCAGGUCCGUAGAGACAAGUGUAAGGUCAGGAGUGGAGGAAGUGGUGGGCAGGAUGAGGUGCCCAUACACCUGAGGAAAUGCUCUGGACAUACCUACCAUCAAGCAGUCAGCCAGCAGGCAGGCCCUGAGGAGAGCCAGAGCCUGAACACGUGAGCCAAACGCCAGCUUGAAGAUGUAAAAAGAGAAGUUAGACAGGUUCAGGUGGGACAGGAGAGGCCUUGAAGUGUUUG